CCAGUCGCCGGCCGCCCGCCCUGCAUCGCACGCGCAUCAAUUUUACACCCAGGAUACAUUGGAUUCACAUAUUAAAGCCUAUGGAAACGCGGUGACAACGUUCAAAAAUGUCAUUCAGAAAUUAUUAUGAUUCGUCAUCUUCGUAUAGCAGGAAUCGAGAUUCAGCAAGAACUGCCAGCGUGUCCACUGACAGACCAGCAACGGUCACAGCCAAAUACACAACGACACCAUCGUACAAGUCAUCUAGUAUCCCCGUCCUCAAUGAUCGAUCAUCUCGCGAUGAAACACCAAUAUCAGCGAUCGCCAGUCGUUACGCGAGCUACGGUAAGACUGCAGCAGCUGAUAAAUCGUCUUCGAAAUACGAAAAGAAAGACUAUACGAAACUCUCAGUACCAUCAGUAAGUGUGAACAGAAGCAGAGAUGUUAGUCCUGUAUCAACAGCCUCCAAGUAUAGUAUCAGCCGCACCUCACGACAUACGAGUCCUGAGAGAAAAACGACUAAAAGCUUCAAAGAGAAAAGUCGAAAUGUGAGUCCUAUUGAUCGCGACAAAGACAUUCCAAAUAAGACUGAUAAGACUACCAAUUACAGUAGUCUAUCGAAUUAUAAAUUGUAUACACGUACGCCGAGUUACACGAGACCGACUACACGGAUAGAGAGUAAGCCAGAGGUCACAGUGAACCGAUAUGCUAUAGCUAAUCGCUUAUCAUCUUCAAGUUAUUUAAGGAGUCCAACUCCUGUAAAAAGGCCUUCACUGUCUCCUGUAAAUCAACUUACAAUAAAUAAAAUCGAAAAUGAAAAACCUCUGAUGCCGUCUAGUAUUAACGAGGAGAAUGUUGAAAAUAAAAAAGACUGCAAUAAAGAAUGUCUUCAAAAUGGAACUGAAGUGGCUGUCGAUGACAACGACGCAAUCGAAACUAUUUCGGUUAUUACUCGACACACUUCACCAACUCCACCGGGAUCGUCAGCUUACGUAAGAAUGAGAAGGGCAGACAUGGCAAAAACAAUUGAAAAAAUUACAACUCGACCUAAAAAACGUCCUGAAAUGGUAGAUAAAGAAAUUCAAUCUGAUAGGCUCGAUGACCCAACUCGAACAAGCAGGUUCGCCGGUACAAGUAGAACCAGCAUGACUAAUUGGACAUAUUAUUCACCCAAUGUCAACAGCUAUACUGGGUACGCAGGAAGAUAUUCAACACAAUACUCAAAUUUACGAGAUAAUUUGAAUUACAAUAACGAUAGAAGUAGUCGAAGUCGAAGUAAAGAACCCAUUGAAAACACAAACGUCAACAUGGGUUCUGAUGACAAAGAGACAGAAAUAGUGUCACAAAACAAUCAUCUAGAUAGUAACGAAGGCCUGAACGAAGAACAAAAUAAAGACGAAACUGAAAUUAUAAUUAAUGUAAAUCUUAAGUUACAAAAAUGCAAAAGUCCUCAACCUACGGUUUCCGCUGCCGAGGUGUCUUCAGAAAUAACUAUAACUAAUAAUCACCAGCUACCACCGCAACCUCCUAAAUCAGAAAGUACUAGUAAAAUUAAAAAAAUUAAAAUACGAAAGUCUAGUACAGACUCUUCGUCUGAUUCGACAUCGUCAAAAAAAGUAGUUAAGAAAAGAAGUAAAUCCGUAAGCUCUACUGAUUCCGAACAAAGUAGCGAUAAAACUAAGAAAAAAAAAGAUACUAGCAAAGUUUCAUCCAAAACUGUAAGUAAAACACCUUCUACGACAAACUUACCAAACGGUUCUACUAAGUUGAAAUGUUCUAAAUCUAGAGAAAGCAAUAGCCCGGAGUCAAGUAUCACACUCUCGACUCAAUCAUCUAUAAGUGAAGAUGAAAUAGCGUUGAAUUUAAAAGCAAAAGAUGGUACAAAAGUAAACAAUGAAAGUUCUUUGUCGUUGGAACAGGCUGUCAAACAAUCAUCACAUAAAAGUGAUGGUGCAGAAGAAGCUAAAUCAUUUCUGAUUCGAGCACUGGCUCCAGUCACAAAUCUUUUUAAACUUAGACACCAAGAUAAUAGCGAUACAGUACGCCUGCUCGAAAACUCUAAUUCAGAAUCGACUAACAAAGAUACUCCAAAUAUUAUAAAUGAAAACGGAUCUUCAAAAACAAGGAAUACCAGUAACAUAAUAGCUUCCAAUGAUGAUAAUGUGGUGAAAUUGAAAGCAAUCAGACAUAUUGAGUCUGGAGAGCGAGCUUGGUGGUUAGAAUCAGAUUCUGACAAGAAACAAGAACAGUGCCAAGAAUCGUCUAAUGAACAUAAAGUUGAAAAUGAAUCAUCAAUGCAGUGCAAUACAUCGGGAACGACAGACAUAAAGCGACCCGUAAAACUGAAUAGCUUCGCUGAUGAUGAAAAGCCUUGGUGGCUAGAUAGCAGCGCAAAUAUUCCAGAAGGAAUCGAGAGAUUAACUCCACCGAGGAAAUCAUCAAGCGAUAGCGACAAAAGCGAAAAAUUCAACUUUUUUAAAGUGCGACAUAAUGAGUCAGGUGAUAGAAAAGAUUGGCGAAUGUCUAGCAAUGAAAACGUACUUAGUAAACAAGGAUCACAAAAUAGUUUAAGCUUAAGUAAGUCAGGAUCUGAUCAAAAGAGUUUUUCGCUUCGAAGAAUUCGUCACAUCGAAUCUGGCGAACGUCCUUGGUGGCUAUCAAGUGACAAAAACAUUCCAGAAGGCAUUGAAAAAUUACCAACUCCUCCUUCACAGGAAGAAAGCGACUCGUCUGACUCUGAGGAGGUCGAGGUUUACGUACCACCCAGCCAGAUACCUCCGUUCCCACUACACCUACCUGAUGACGAACCUCUUGGUGACAGAAGAAGUCCAGAAGGGCUAGAAACUCCAAAUGAGGAUUACGGUUUAGGACGUAGAUCACCUUACGAAAAUAACCAUCAAUAUAGAAGGAACGCUACUAAUUUACCGUAUCACAAAGGCGCUGAAAAAUACAUAUCACGUUAUACGGAUAUCGACGACAUAUUGGGCACUUCGGGUCAGAUUUACAGCCCAUUCAUGGACUCCAUAUUAGCGCGUAGGACCGGUCAGAUACCUUUUGACGAUGACGAAUGUGAAGAGAUAGAUCCCACCCAAGUAAGGAUCCAUGACAGUACGGCCCAGAUGCCCGUUAUCAAGAAACUCCGUUGCAGAAGCGAAAUAAUUGAGUACCGGGAAGAAGACCAGCUGGACGAUGCAACGCUACAGGUGUUCAAGGACGGCGACUACGGACCUUAUUUAGACCUGGAUUCCACUCUUGGGGAACAGGAUGAAGAACUGGAAGGUUUACAAGACAGUCGCAAAAAUGCAUUGGUUCUACGCACACAACUCUCAGUACGCGUUCACGCGAUUAUCGAGAGGCUUCUGCACUCCCAGGGUCGGGAGCUGCGUAUGGCGUUGUUCACGCUCAAACAGAUCCUACAGUCAGACAAGGAUCUGGUGCACGAGUUCGUCGCCAACAAAGGACUCGACUGUUUGAUGCAGGUCGCGAAUAUGGCGGAUCAUAACUACCUUGACUAUAUACUCAGAGCUCUCGGUCAGAUUUUGCUAUAUGUGGAUGGAAUGCACGGCGUUAUGAACCACAAGCGGUGCAUCCAAUGGCUUUACUCACUCAUCUCCAGCAAGUUCAGGCAUGUCGUCAAAACAGCUCUCAAACUUCUUCUAGUCUUCGUGGAAUACACAGAGAAGAACUGUCUUAUCCUAAUCGACGCCAUCAAUGUCGUGGAUAGCUCCAACGGUCGGCAACCUUGGUUCAACGUGAUGAAAAUCCUUCAGGACGUCGACGCUUCCGACACUGAACUGCUCAUAUACGCAACUACUCUCAUCAAUAGGUGUCUAAACAACGUUCCAGAUAGAAAUAGGUACUAUGAUCAAGUGGACUCUCUUCAAGACCAAGGUAUCGACGACAUCAUACAGUUAUAUAUGUCCAAACAGGGAACGGAUUUGGAUCUCUUGAGGCAACUUCAAAUAUUUGAAGCUGUUCUACUUUACGAAGACGGUGACGAAACAACCGCGCUCAAGCAGUUGGAUGAAUCUGUUCUAUCAUCAGUAAGGCGGAGGAACUUAAACCUAAAAUCGUCCGAGAGGAGAAAAUCCAAAAAACAAGAGGUCAAAGAGAGAGCAAAUCCAGUUCACGUGGAGACAGAGAACAAAAUAAGCACACCUCGACCACAAUAUCUUCCAACACUUAUCACCAAGGAAAAUAAGGAACUUAGUUCAGCUCUUAAGAGGCGGAGGGAUAGGUACGCGAGGCAAGCCCAUCACAUCAUCCAACAGCAGGAACUAUACAACAACUCCAAUGGAAUCUACAAUGGACUCUUCGAGAAGACCGACCAGUGGACCAACCGUAAUUACAACAUGAACGGUUCUUAUACAAAUACAAAUGGAAGCUUCACUAAUUCUGGAAAAUAUCCCAUGAAUGGAAGCAAUGGCACCGUUAUAUACAAUUCAAAUGAAAUGAACGGACAAGAAGAGGACAAGACUUACUCGAAUCGAAGCAAACCUUACAUAUCGGAUGUUCUCAUGAAUGGAAACCAAAGAUAUACAACUGGACUAAAGCAGAGGUUGCAAAAUGGGACACUAGGUCACAGUGUCAAUGCGUCUGACGUAGUUAGACAAUUAGACUUUAGUCCAGAACCAAAAGAUGAUAGAGGUAUCCUGUUGAACCGGGAGCACAGUAUCAAAGAUCUGGCUCAGAGAUUAACGAGUCCCUUAAGCCCUACCACGGAGGAAAAACCUAUAAGGGUCUCCGAAAUGGCAGGAAUAGUAUCUAAAGCCAAAGAGGAACUUGCCAAAUCCAAAUCUAAAGAAAUGAUAAAAAGUCCGACGAUUGAGAAAACCCCAAAGUUACACGAAAUCAAAGUCUCAGAGAACGACUUACACUGGGAGGAAUUAAGAAAAGGUUGCAUCAAUAAGGAAUUCCACUUGUGCGAUCUAGAUUUCUCCGACCUAAGAUACGACUCAGAUGAAGAGAUGGAGUCACCAACAUCUAACGCCAUCCCACCCCCUCCGCCAAAUCUUUUACCUCCACCCCCACCAAAUAUGUUACCCCCAGUAGGCUUACCCCCACCACCCCCAAACAAUUUCUUCAGCUUACCAAAAAACUUACCCAGUACGAUGCCCCAAUCUGAUGUCUCAAACGAUUCCGGUAACUCUACUUUGAAGAAGAAUAAAAAGACGGUGAAAUUGUUCUGGAGAGAGAUACAAGAAAACCCAGUACCGCCUCCAUCGAGAACUAAAAUCGGUGGUUUUAUUUGGGAUGACCUCCCAGAGGUCAGUUUGGAUACUGCGAUGUUAGAACAUCUCUUCGAAUCCCGAACCAACGAUCUCAUAAUCAAGGAAAAACUAAUGGAACCAAAGAGGAACCUGAUAUUGGAUACAAAGCGUUCGAAUGCUAUAAGCAUUGCAAUGAAAAAACUGCCAACGCCUCAGACGAUAAAAGUGGCGAUUAUGAAGAUGGAUGCGACCGUUAUUGGUAGAGAGGGUAUAGAGAAGUUAUUGACGAUGCUACCCACACACGAGGAAAAGGUCAAAAUCCAGGAGGCACAGUUUGCAAACCCCGACCUACCACUGGGUAGCGCUGAACAAUUUCUACUCACACUCGCCUCCAUCAACGAGUUGUCGUCCAGACUUAAACUUUGGGUCUUCAAGCUUGAUUUUGAUAAUUUGGAAAAAGAAAUAGCAGAACCACUAAUGGACCUAAAGCAGGGUAUAGAACUAUUGAAAGCAAACAAAACAUUCAAAGUGAUUCUGUCAACACUACGAUCGGUGGGUAGUUUUCUAAACGGAAAUCAAGUAAAGGGUUUCCGGUUAGAAUACCUCUCAAAGGUGAUGGAGGUGAAAGAUACGGUACACAAGCAUCCCUUGCUGUACCACAUCUGUGAGAUGAUCAUCGAGAAGUUUCCAGACACUACAGACUUCUUUAGUGAGGUCGGUCCCGUGAUCCGAGCAUCCAAAGUAGACUUCGAAGUACUGAACGCAAAUCUCCAGAAACUUGAAACUGAUUGCAAGGCUUCAUGGGAUCACAUGAAACGCAUCGCCAAACACGAUGGCUCGCAGAUAUUCAAGACGAAGAUCAAUGAGUUUCUUACUGAUGCUGCGGAGCGUAUCAUCCUUCUCAGCAUCAUCAAGAAGCGGGUGAUGAGCAGAUACAACAAAUUCCUGCUGUAUCUCGGGGUGCCCUUGAGUGACAUCCCUAAGACCAGACCUUCAGAACUGCUGAAGGUGAUAGCGGAGUUUGCGCUGGAGUACCGAACGACGAGAGAAAGGGUUCUUCAGCAGUUGGAGAAAAGAGCUAACCAUCGCGAGAGGAAUAAGACCAGAGGGAAAAUGAUUAUUGAUGUGGGCAACUACGCCAGUAAAGGUGAACACACAGCCGAUAGUGCGCUAAAGGAACUGUUGAAGAGUGAUGCUGACAGAGACCUGAUGGAUUCUAGGAGGAAACCAGCCAUGCGUCCCCGCAACGGCGAGGUGUCCACUGAGGACGAGAUCAUCGAAAGCCUGGUUCGCUCUGCUACCUCUAAGAGGAGACCUCUCGCAAGGGACCGACGCAAGAAUCGACUCGCGGACCGAAAGAGCUUAAACAGGACUCUGGAUGGACACCAGUCGUGGCCCGGCAAGCAGACGACCGGGUCGCCGGCAGAGAUUCAACAAAGAUAGUCAAUUUACAUUUAAUAUUAAUUUUAAAGUUUUCAAUUGUAACUCGAAUCUCAAACACGUAUCCUAUCCCCGACUAAAUUGAUGUAAUUAUUAUUUUAAUGUAACUAAUGUAAUUAAUUAUUUUAUUUCAAUAUACAUCUUCAUAAUGGCAACAAAGAUUGAUUAUUGUAGACAAAAAAUGUUACAAAAGAAUAAAUGUACGAGGAGAUUCUGUUUAAUGUAACUGUUUGAGUUGUAAAAGUCAAA